AUGUCAACAGCGAUCUUGGUUACUUUUGUAAGGCAUGGAGGGUCACAGGUGAGAAGAGGAGCUUUGCUGAAGUCCCGCAUAUUACAAGAUAACACGCGCAUAAUAUCGGCCUGCCACUGCUCCAGUGUCAGCCGCAGAUCGUUCUCAUCACGCUUUGACCCGGACAGUAGCGGGCGUCCUGCCACCUGGGACUCAUUUGGCAUUUGGGACAAUCGAAUCGAUGAACCUAUUCAGCUUCCACCCAGCAUUAAAUAUGGCAAGCUCAUUCCACACAUUAAUUUAUCCAAGGUUGGCUGUUCUACACAGCUAGGGAAGAGGAAGGAAAAUGAGGAUCGGUUCGACUAUGCCAAAUUAAAUGAUGAUGUCUUGUAUUUUGCUGUGUAUGAUGGGCAUGGAGGGGCUGGAGCAGCAGAUUUUUGUGACCGUUUCAUGGCACAGUAUAUCAAGGAAAUCCUCAAACAGGAAGAAGAUAUGGAAAAAGUGCUGACAAAAGCUUUUCUAGAAAUAGAUAAAGCAUUUGCAAGACAGGCCCAUCUAUCUGUUGAUGCAACUCUCUUGAACUGUGGGACCACUGCAACAGUGGCUUUAUUGCGUGAUGGCAUUGAGCUAGUUGUGGCCAGUGUUGGUGACAGCCGUGCAUUGUUGUGUCGGAAGGGAAAACCUGUGAAGCUCACAAUUGAUCACACACCUGAGAGAAAGGAGGAAAAACAACGGAUUAGAGAAUGUGGUGGCUUUGUGGCUUGGAACAGCUUGGGACAACCCCACGUAAAUGGCAGACUUGCAAUGACCAGAAGCAUUGGAGAUUUGGAUCUCAAAUCAACGGGAGUAAUAGCAGAGCCUGAAACUAAAAGAGUGAAGUUGCAUCAUGCUGAUGAUGGAUUUUUAGUAUUAACUACCGAUGGCAUUAACUUCAUUGUUAACAGCCAAGAGAUCUGUGACAUAAUAAAUCAGUGCCAUGAUCCUGCUGAAGCAGCACAAGUCCUCACUGAACAGGCUAUCCAGUAUGGGGCAGAAGACAACAGCACAGCCAUCAUUGUCCCCUUUGGGGCCUGGGGAAAGCACAAGAGCUCUGAAGUCAGUUUUUCUUUCAGUCGCAGCUUUGCAUCAAGUGGAAGAUGGGCGUAA